CAAUAAAAUACGCAACCCUGGCAGAAAUGACUGUGGUAUCCCUUCUGCUACUAAUGCUCACUGCCGUUAGCUGUGCAGUCCUCUUGCAAUUCCCUCUACUCUAUGAAAAACAUGUUACACUGAGAGCAAUGGUUGGAGUGUUGGAUGCUGCUUUAUCAACACAUAACCAUCUCCGCUGCUCUGUUUUCAUCCUCACAGACGCCGCUUUCUCCGACCCUUCUACCAUCGCUUUACUAGAGCAGUUACGAAUCCCAGGAGGUGUGGGCGUCUUCACGGUCCCUGAUGAUAUCUCACAUGGCAACUUUACACACUGGGAGUUUCUGCUGGUGCUUUCUCAGGCUCGGAAGGUGCGGCAGGUGUCAUGGUGCGUGACGGUGGUGGUGGUGAGCGACGACCUCGCCUUCCUCGCCACCUUCGCCCAGUGGUCCCUCAAAGGCCGCCUGGUGUGGUCAACGAGGCUCCUGGUCGUCACCCACCUCCCCCUCCACCACCUGCAGGUCCUCCAUGGGCUGCUCUCCAUGACCAACUCCAUGCUGCUUAUUAUUCAUGACUCACUUGAUAGUUUCAGGUGUGAUAUGUAUGUACAGCUGCCGUACACUCCCAGGGAUGCCCAGGCACUGAAGGUGGCCUCAUGGGUGCCCCACCGAGGCCUUGCUCUCACCUCCAGCCUCCAGCUCUUCCCUGACAAGUUCUCAAGAUUUCUUCAGCGGCCGACUUUGAAGCUGGCGACGGAGAUAAACUCACUGACUGUUAUAGUUGCCGAAAAGGAAGCUGGGACCCAAGAUGGAGGGAUGUUAACGUAUAGAGGACCCACGACAGACCUGGUGUCCUACCUUGCCACAGCUCUUAACUUCUCGUACAGCUACAUGAGGCCUCCUGAUGGAUCUUGGGGCAUUAAGCGUGACGAUGGUACCUGGUCAGGAAUGGUGGGGAUGGUGAUUAGACAGGAAGUAGACGUAGCAGUCGGCCCGUUCGGUGUUAGUGGAAUCCGUGCUGAAGUGGUGGACUUCACAGAACCAAUCCUAACUGACUACUUUAGGAUGCUGGGAGCCCGCGGCCGGCCGGAGGUGGACCCGUGGGGCUUCCUGUUCCCUCUGGAGCCGGUGGUAUGGGCGGCCAUCCUGGCGGCGCUGCUGGUGCUGUCUCUGACGGCCUUCCUCAUGUCCUCAUGCUUCUCACUCAGGACCGUCAGCCAAAAACAAAAGUUUUCACCAACAUCCGCUUAUCUUCGCAUAUUGUUGAAUCAGAAUGUGUUGGAAUAUGAUGGUGACUGGUGGUGGGAGCGGGUGGUGUUGGCGGUGUGGGGGCUGGUGACGGUGGUGUUGACGCAGAGCUACGCCGGUAACCUCAUGGCUCUCCUGGCUGUCAGACACAUCUCCCAGCCCUUCCAGUCCCUCCAGGACGUUCUGGACGACCGCUCCGUCAUCACCAUAUGGGAGAAAGACUCGGCCAAUGUGCAGUUUGUGCGUAAUAUUAAGUCUGGAAUAUACCGAGAGAUUGCGGGUCUGGAGGAGAAGGGUCGACUCAUAUACAGAAGUCACCCAGAGUUUGGUGAGAGCAUCGACACCUUGGUGAGGAGAGGUGACCACGUCCUCAUGGAAAUCAGUUUUGCCUUAAAGAUUUACGUGUCUCGUGAUUUUACAGUUUCAGGUAUUUUUUGAAUGAAUUAGAUCUUAUAUAAUUGUACUUUCACAAUUGAAUGAUAUCUUGAGAACACAUAUAUUGAACAACAAUCGAUCCUCUUGGUAAAAU